AUGGAACUCCAAAUCAAUCCCAACACACUCCCCAAUAUCAAAGACCAAGUCGUCCUGAUCACCGGCAGCAGCUCCGGCAUCGGCAAAGCAACCGCAACGCUCUGCCUGCAGCACGGCGCCAAAGUAAUCGCCGGAGACCUCCACCCACCCAAGGACUCACCCCCCUCAACCGGAGAGCUCUUCUUCCUCCACACUGACGUAACCGACUGGACCAGUCUCCGCGCCCUCUUCAUCCAAGGCCACGCGCGCUUUGGCCGCAUCGACCACGUCUUCGCAAACGCCGGCAUCGGGCCACGCGGUAACUUCCUCGAAGAAACCUUCGACGAUGACGGUCUCCUGGCGCCGCCGGUGCUAAGCACCAUAGAGAUCAACCUGCUCAGCGUGAUCAGCACGGUGCGACUGGGCGUGUACUAUCUGUCCAAGGAGCAGCCCAGCGCCACAGGGCAGCGGAGCAUCGUGCUCUCGGCGUCGGCGUCGUCGAUGCAGAACUUCGGCGCGGCGGAUUACACCACUGCAAAGCAUGGGGUGCUGGGGUAUCCUGCGCGGGUUGACGGAUGA